AUGGAUGAGAAGAAAGAAAUUUUGUCCAACAUUUAUAAUACUUUAGUACAAGUGCGAUACCCUUGUAUUACAACAGUGACAACUGAAAAUAUUGAAGAAAAAAUUCUUCAAGGAGGAAAUCGAAUUUCUAGUGAUCUUCUUAUUACAGAAAAAUUAUUGCAGUAUUAUUCUAACAUUGGAAUUUGCAAUGACAAAGAUUUGUUGCUGGGAAAGUGUACAUUGCAGGAGCAGUUUCCUACUUUAAGGGUAUUAUUGAAUUUUGCAAAGUUUAUGUAUAUCGAAUCAUCCGAUGGUGAAUAUACUAAAAAAGAAUCCAUUGAUGAUAUAUUGCAGGUAUUUAGUAAUGAAGAUUUAAAUACAAUGACAUCCAUUAUUGAGCCAAAACUGAAUUAUUCAGAAUCUCUAAAAUACUUUGAUGAACUAAAAAAGUUUUUGGAUGAACAUCAAAAUUUAAAUUCAAAUUCUGAAUGUGAAAAAGAAGGAAAUGCAAAUGGAGAUGAACUACAGGGAAUAAAAAAGAUCAGUGAAGGUGAUAGAGAUUUACUGUUUGAUUCAGAGAAUAAAAAAUUCUUAGAGGCUUUUUCAACAAUUGAUUCUUGGCCAACAGCAAAGGAAGAAAGUAUAAAUAGUCUGUAUUCUAUGGAUUCUGAUAUGAAAGACAUAUACUCUAACUUCUCUUCUUUAAUACAGUUUUUAAAAACAAAAAAUGAAAUCUGUAAUAGUGUUAUACCGGAAGGACUAGAAAAAAUGAUCACACCACUAAAUGAAAUUAUUGAAGAUACUCUUAUUUCUACAGAAAAAACUAUGGAUGUAUAUAGUAGACCUAGGACUUUAUAAGAUACCCGGGUAAAUAAGAGUUACCCGAGUAUGAGACAGUAAAGAACUUUGAUUUGGAAGUCGAUCGUAGCCGCAUAGGCAUACUGCACUACUUACCACUAGUGUUACACUGCAGAAACAUGACUUACUCGUUCUUAUCAUAUAAUAAUAUGUGUUAUUAGUAUAUAGUGCUAAGUAACGCAGUAUAAGUACGCAAUACAUAAUAUGUAUUAUUAUAUGAUUAUAAUUAUUAUUUUAA